AUGGAUCAAGACCGCGGAUGGAACGAUCCGUUCCAACCGCCGCCCGGGUUGUUUUUCUCGAACGGUGGUAACUACGAGGAGGACGACAUCGGUAUGGCGGACAUGAACGAUAUCAGCGAUAUUGGCGACAUCACCGAUAUAUAUCAAAUGAACGAGGAAAAGCUGCUCAACAUAAUGGGUGAAGAUUUUCUCACCAACUUUGGCUGGGAGGAAACGCUCGGUACGGAUCCAGCCGCUGCGGCCAAUUCGGUCUCGUCGCCGAAAGAAAAGAGCGUCACGAUCAAGGAGGAAUGUCUCGCAUUGGAAGCAUCACCCGGUCCAUCCGGUGCGGCGACAAAAGAGCCGAUACUGCUGGCACCAAAACCAGCCACCCCGAGCAGCGUUCCGUUGGUAUCGCCCAAGGAGGAGGAACAAAAGACGAUGGUGAUGUGUGCCCCGGCGAUGCUUCAAUCGAUGCAUCCCGCCGGACCAGCAGUCCCGGCCACCUUGCCCCAACCACAUCAAGUUCCCCAAAUACAUCUGCAAACGACAAACCAUCUCGUAACGGGAGGUCGUUCGGUAAUACUGGCCCCAAACCGAAACACCAUUACCUCGUCGGCAGCACCAUCCACCGCUACACCCACCACCCAAACCACCUUCCUGCUGCAGAACGCUCGCUCGCCGGCCGUACAACAAACGUACACGAAAAAGAUUGCACCGGCACCGGGAGUGGGUGUGUCCGUAGCAGGGACCACCGUUACCCAACCACAACCGGCCACGGCCAACCUAAUGUCUGGCCUCACGAACGUACGUGUCCAGAACCUUAUGCCGCAACUGAUCACGCUACAAACGGUGGACAAACAGUCCGUCUUUCUACCGGCCAACACACCACUGAUCUACACGAACGGGAAUGUUCACUCAAUUGCAGCGACCGCACCGGCCACCAGCAUGGUAACGGUAAAACCCAACCCAAACCUGCACACACUGGUAAACACACCGAACGGGCCGAUCCUGGCAGCGGGCAUUCCCGUCGUGCUGGACGCACCGGCACCCCCGCCGCCCCACCAGCAACAGCAACAGAUCGCACCGGACGUACAGCCGAAGGUGCAGCUUAGCCGGCUGCCACCGUCCGGCGGUGUGCCGAAGGUGAAGGAAGUGAAACGGUCCGCGCACAACGCUAUCGAACGCCGGUACCGCACCUCCAUCAAUAGUUGCAUCGUCGAGCUGAAAAACAUCGUCGUCGGGGUGGACGCGAAGUUGAACAAAUCGGCCAUCCUGCGCAAAGCGAUCGAUCACAUCCGCCAUCUGCAGAAGCAGAACAAUCAGCUGAAGCAGGAAAACAUGGCGUACAAGAUGCGGCUGGCAGAUCAGAAACAUUCGCUGAAGGAUUUGUUGGUCGGGCAGCAGCAUCUGGCGGAUGAGAUGAUGGCCGGUCCGAUUACACCGCCACGCAGCGACGAAUCGAACCCAUCUUCAUCGCCGGCCCACUCGGACAGUUCCAUGCCCGGAUCGCCGUUUACCGGGUCUGGAUCGCUUUCGAGUGCCGGUGGCGAUGAUCUGCUGGAUGAUGAGAUGCUAUCGUCCGGAUUGGGCGGCAUGUCAUCGAACGCACGGCUGACGAUCUGUAUGUUUAUGUUGGCCGUGUUGGUGGUGAAUCCGUUCGGUAGUUUGCUGUCGCUUGCGACCAGCGAGCAGCCGGAAGAGUAUGGCACCACACGCCGCAUCCUAGCGUUGGAAGAAUCACUCUCCUGGUCCCGGCUAUCGUCGAGCUUGCUGCUUGCGUUGGUGAACUUUAUGUUUCUAGCGUUCUGUCUUGUGCGGAUGCUGGUGUACGGUGAUCCGGUACUGUUGCCACGGUCCCGUGCCUCAACCGACUACUGGAAGCACAAGCGCCAGUCGGAUGUGGAGUUUCGGCGUGGAAAUGCGGACGCAUCGUACCGUGAGGCGAAGCUGUGUCUGCAAUCGUUUGGCCUUUCGCUCCCAUCGACCCGAUUCGAGCGUGUGUCCACCACCGCCUGGCAGUUUGUGCGUAUGUUUUUCCAUCGGCUUUACAUUGGCCGUUGGUUAUCGCGCCGAACUGGCGGACUGUUCAAGCCGGAAGGCGAGCGGAUGCAUGCGCUACACUCGGCACGGGAGCUGGCGUUGCUGUACCAUCGGCUCAAUCAGCUGCAUCUCGUCACGAACCGGACGGAUGCGAACGGGCUUAUGAUGAGCUUGUGUGCGGUAAAUAUGGCCGAAACGGCGGCCUCCGUCAUUUCCGUGGACGAUACGAUUGAGAUCUAUCUGCUGGCGGCACUGCGCGUUAAGCGAAGCUAUCCGCGACUCCUACAGUACUACUGCCGAUACUACCUGGCGCAAGCAAAACAGCUGGCAAGUGAUCACACCAGCCGACGAUUCCGGUGGCUCUUCACACCGUACGGAUUCCGCUUCCUGACCACCAACCGGUUCCGGUAUGGCGAGCGCAACGACGCCUCUACCGCACUCUUCACAACCCUCUGCAACAGUGCCGAUCCGAUCGAGUACGUGAUGCGUGAGUAUCGGUUGAAUCUACUCCAGCAAGCGCUCCAACUGUUGGUUGGAUCCGGACACGAACGAACCGUCCGUGACGGCACAUCAAACGGCACCCCGGGCAAAGGAAACCCCGGUACGGCCGGUAACCUACUCAGCGGUAAGGAAGCGAAGGAAGACCAUCAUCAUCAUGGUAGCAAAUCGAGUGAGGUUGCGGAUCUCUCCACAACCGGAAGUGGCGUCAGUGGCGAUAUCCUGUACUUCACCGAACUGCUGCAGGAUACGUUCGGGCUGGAAAAACCGGUCCCGUUCGAUGGAUCGUGCAGUGUGCAUGGGACGGACUGUUGCUACGACGAGCUAGCGCACUGGUGGUGCAACUUGUUGCGUGUGGCCGGAUUUUGGCUGUUGGGCGAGGAUGAGCUGGCGGAAGGGAUGUACGUGCAGGUGGAAACGGUACCGAUGGCAUUGCAUCAGCUGGAGGAUCCACUUUCCCGUGCGUUGCUGCUAGCGUUCCAUGCUAAGCGAGGUUUGAUCAACAAGGCGGAAUCGAGCUUUGAGAUGAUCUUUGCCAACUGUAAUGCUAGCAGCCGCUUCCUGGAGGACAGUCUAACCGGUAACAUCUGCAAAACACCGAGCCGGUUGAAGCUGUUAGCACAACUGCUCGCGUGCGACUGGUUGCUGGAAGCGCGGACAGCGCUCUGGGAGAUUGAGAAGGAUAUGCGCUACAACCAGCAUGCGCACCAGACGGUACCGGGCAAAAUAUUGGCCGCCUUCCAGACCGAUCUCAAUCUGCUCCGGCUGGUGACGAGUAAAUUCCCGAAUGCUCAGUCGCGCGUGUUCCUGUACGAAGCCGUCUGCCGUUUGAUGGCCGGUGCCGCACCCGGACCAACCCAGCAGCUGCUCGAUCGUAGUCUCCGCCAACGGUACUCCCGCUCGUCACUGAUCUGCGGCAAGGAUCGUUCCGCCCAGCUGGAAGGUGGCCGGGAGCGUGCCGCCGCACUGUACGUCGCCUGCAAACAUCUGCCGGCACCGUGUCUGUCGUCGCCGGGCGAACGCGCUGGUAUGCUGGAGGAAGCGGCCAAAACGCUCGAAAAGAUUGGCGAUAAAAAGCGGCUACAGCAGUGCUAUCAGCUGAUGAAAUCGCUCGGCAGCGGUAGUGUGACAAACUGA